AUGGAUCCAAACGUGUCAAAUGGCACUUGCUACUUUACCCAGAACACGGAGACUAAAGGCAGCUUCAUCCCUUGCGGCAAUGUCGCACUGGGUCAUUGGCCUUGCUGUCAUACCGGCGACUUUUGCCUGAGCUUUGACAAGGCCAAUGCAUGCUACGAUCCGGAAACCGGCAACACGUAUCUGGCCGGAUGUACAGAUGCCGGGUUCAACGAUCCGGCGUGUCCCUGGAAGUCGCCACAGUUCAAUCAACAGGAGUGGGUAGCUAUACAUCAAUGCCAGAUAGGCACGGGAAGCAAUGACACGAAAUGGGGCGGGUGCGAGACAUCUGAAAACUCCACAGAGCUCGAGAGGCUGCCGAACCAGAGUUGUGACCCCUACUGCAGCACAAUUCUGUUCGAGGGCAAUACUGCGUUGCCAGCAUAUGCCAGUCUGCCAAACAGUACCGGCUCAUCGAUCGCAUGGACCAGCGGAUUCGAGCCUACCGCCGUGUAUAACCCUACAACCAUAGCAACCGAGGUGUCAGGCACGCAAGUGACAAUCACAUCUAUUCAGACGCGGCCGUUGGCGACAUCUCCAACGGGAACAGCCACUCAGUCGACACCAACCAGUACGACGGUACCGCCGACUGCUGCCAGUUCCGAAGGACUCUCGACCGGAGCCAAGGCAGGAAUCGGUGUCGGCGCUGCCGGAGCUGCACUUCUCUUUGUUGCGACCAUGUUACUUUUUCUCCUCUUUCGACGGCGGAAGAGACAGGCCAAGGCCAACCAAGAUGAGAAUCUGGCCAUGCAGCACCAGCCCGAUCUAUCCAACCGACAGUAUGCCUAUCCAUCAUAUCAAGCGGGCGAGACAACACAACUAUCGCCCAAGCCUUGGCCCCAGGAGUUGGCGGCAGGGGCUCGUAAUGACUUCAAAUCAGAGCUUCCAGCUAAUGAAGGCCCAGUGACGUGCGAACUGGCGGCCGACCAUUCGACGACACCUCACGAGCAUCUAUUUGUUCAGCAGCAGCAGCAGCAGCAGCAGCAGCAUGGUUCUCAUUACACCCAGGCUCCCUCUCCAAAUUCGCCUUAUUCUACUUUAGGUUCCUCGGGCACUGAUCAAGUGUCGUAUUAUUCCGGGACGACAGCAGGUUACGAUGGCAAUCGCUACGGUAACGCACCCGAGACGGCAAGAUACAAUGCUUCAUUCCAAAACUUUAGACAAUAUUGA